AACAAAAAAAAAAAAGUCUACAAAAAACACCAUUGAGUUCUUUCUGUGCACGGGGCCUGCCCCUAAGUAUGUUUCAUUAAACCAGUGAGACUCCAUUUGAGAAAAGCAAAUUUUCCUUUGCAAGCAGUUGUCAGUGGAGAGAGCUUUUUGGUUAGGUGUGGGAGCCCAUGUCCACUUCCCCUCUCUGGGACUCCAUCGGGAUUGGACCUACACAGGUCCUGUGCCUGCUGCCACCCCCUGUGAGCUCAUGUGUAUGUGAGUCCUGUUUUGUCGGGAAGAUACGGUUUCCUUUGUGCCAUCCAUCCCUUCUAGCUCCUAAAAUCUUUUCUCUCCUUUCCUGCAUAGCUCCCUGAGUCCAGAGGGAGAGAGGUUCGAUGGAAACAUUCCAUUUAGGACUGAAUGUUCCAAAGUCUCUCACUAUGAACACUGUUCAGGUUUGGGUUUCUUUGUUACCUCCCAUUUACUACAGGGAGAAGCUUCCCUGAAAAAAAAAAAACAACAAAACAUAACAAAACAAAAAACCCGGCUGAACAAGAUACUAAUCUUUGGGUAUUGCAGAAUGUUGUUUGGAGACAUUUCAUUGCUUUGCUCCUUUAUUAUAACAAUAGUACUCAGUUUUCCCCAAGCCCAUAGCCACUGCAGCAGUGUUAGGCAAGGGCACCAUCUCAUAGAGUGGGCCUCAGAGCCAAUCAGACAGUUCUUGGUUACACCCACAAAGCUCGGGCCAGUAUCAGCAUGUCUUUCAGGAAGGUCACUGUUGUGGGUUGCAGGGCUUGCAGCUGGGUUAGUGGGGUAGCAAGCAGAGUACUGAUGGGGGAUUCCUUCUCUUUAUGUGUUUACCUUAUUGGUUGAUGAAUAAAACACUGUUUGGCCAAUGAGGCAGGAAGACAGGAAGGACAAGAAGACAAAGAGAAUUCUGGGAAAGGUAGGUAGAGGAAGACUGCGAAACAGAGGCCACGUGGAAACCAGGAAGACAGAAUGCACCAGGUGGUCUCAGGGUCCCUUCUUGGCCAUCCAUGAAACUUGUGUCACUCUGAAGACUCUCCUGACGUGGAAGCUGAAGAUGUCUCUGAGCAGGAGAUCCAGUGCGGGUCCCUGAAAGGAGGCGAUGAAGCCUUCUUCCCUCCCUCAGAUUUCCCCAUCUGUCUGACGCCUUCCGGUAGGUGGGGAUGUGUGGACACUUGGGAGGUCCUGGGUCCAAGGCUGUGGUAAUCUACUUGAAUCAACCAAGCAGAAUGCAGGCACCAACCUCCCAGGGUAAGAACCGGAGGAAGCCGGGCCGCAAUGAAGGUCAGGACGCUGGAGGUGCUCACAAUCCUGACUAUGAGAAUAUAACCUUGCCCUUCAGAAACAAGGACCAGCUCAAACUCAAUCAAUCAGCACCCACGAAACAAGCCCAGUCCAAGCCAUCACCGGUUACAACUCAGAUCCCGCCUUGGUUGCACCGAACCAUCAUGAUCUUGUAUGUCCUCCUCACUUUCAUUUUUUUAUCAUGCAUCAUCCUCUCUGCUUUGGUCCUGGUCAAAAACUCUGAAAUGUCCAGGGAACUGUGGAGCUUGAGAGGGGAGCUUUCGAAUGUUUCUAGCAUUGUGCUGAACUGCCAGAAUCAGCAAACGGAUCAUUGGAAAGCUGUCCAGAGGGGCAUCCAGGAGGUCAAGAAUAUCAUUGGCAUGAUCUUGAGCCAAGUACAGAGUGGAAAUGACAAGCUGAAGACAGUGCCAUCAGAUAUAACUGGAAUCAAGAAAGCCCUCGAGGAGCUAGAGAAGAAAGCACUUGCUCAGCCCAGUAAAUAAGAGGACAGCACAGACACACCUGGAAGGACUUGGGGUUGCACCUGCUAGUGAAGAUGGCAAACGGGGUGCUCAGCUUGAGUGUGAAUCUGCCAUUCAUCUGCACAGAGAAUAUUGUCUAUCCAGGGGAACGAGUGGGAAAGUGUGUGUGUGCCAGUGAACAUUUUGUGGCACAUGGAGUUUCCAUGUAUCCAAGGGGAAGGUGUUCUGAUGGAAAGAGAGCAUGGAAGUCCCAGCAUGUGUUACUCUUUGUGGGCCACAUAGGUGUAUGGCCUGACAUAUAUGAUGAUAGGCGUGUCCUGGUGGCCAGCUGUUCCCGUGAAGCCCCUACAGUAUGCCAUUGUGAGUGUGGGUGUAGGUGACAUGUGGGAUGUAUCUCACCAUUAGGUUGAGUGUGUAUGCGCGCAUCUGGCUAAUUUGUGUGUGUAUCACUGCAGUGGUGAGUAACAUGCACCCUGGGGUCAUUGCUAGUGUUCUUGGCUGUGUCGCCUGUGUGUCCAGAGCAUGUAUACAACUGCACCCAUUGAUUCCUGCACUUGUAUUUUAUGACUCAUGAAGAUAAAUGCCAAGAGAACUGA